AUGGAACCGAAAGACCAAAACUCAGAGCAAUUUCCUUUAUUUAAUUUAUAUCCUAUGCCCUCUGGUGUUUCUUCCAGCUUGAACUCAGUUGGAUUCAACACUAAUGAAGAACAAGCAGAUAAUAGUCUUGAAGUCAGUGUAAACAAGCUAAUAAAAUCACAAUUAGAUGAAAUCGUCACAUCUGACUUAUCAAAGCUAAACCACCAUGAAAUCCCACUCGCAAGAGUCAAAAAAAUUAUGAAAGCUGACGAAGAUGUCAAAAUGAUCAAUGCUGAGACUCCAGCGAUAUUUGGGAAAGCAUGUGAAUUGUUUAUAAUUGAACUAACCCAUAGAGCAUGAGUCCAUACUGAAGAAAGCAAGCGGAGAACGCUACAAAGAAGUGACAUAAUCAUGUGCAUUUUCAAAACAGAUAUUUUUGAUUUUAUGCAAGAAAUAAUAACCCAGGAAAAAAAGAACUAUUAA